UUGGGAUGAUGAUCCUGAACCUCAGGCUGUCUCAACCCAUUAGCUGGAAGGACUAAUAAGACUGCAGCAAGUCAGCCUUGCAUUGUACCUCUGUGGUCUGGCCUUGGACAGAGCUGACAACUUGAUCUCUGCAGUUGACUUAUGUCUCUCAUUCCCUCAGCAGUAAUUUGGAUUGCCUAAUGGGAGAAGAGGCUGAGGGAGUAACAAGUGCCCAUUUGGCCCCAUGUGGCCUGGCAAGCUGAGGCAGGGUAAGGCCCAUUGACCACUUUGUGAACGUACUAAAGAGGUUUUGUGGCCUAAGGUAAGUUACCUACAGGAAAAGCAAGGCCAGGAGUUGUUUUGCUGAAAGGAGCAAGCGAAGAAGGACUUAUCCCGCUAGACAGCAGAUAUUGCCCGAUUCUUCAUUCUUCUGCAUGUGCUGUGCUUCCUGCAUCUCUGGUGCGGUUUGCAUCUGGAAGGGCACCACCAUGGCUGGGUAUAUCCGGAAGCAUCCCCUGGAGAUUCCUCCGCCAUCUGAGAAGGACUGGCUAAAGGAUGAGGAGGAAGACUUCUUCCUGCAGGAUCCCGAGCGAGAGCGCGAUGCGCUGCCUCAGCCUGUCAGGAUGGCCACCAAACUGGUGAUGCUGGUUUUUGAUGAUGCGAUGGAAAUCAUUGAAAGAAGGGAAAGGCUCCGAGAAGCAGAAAAACUAAAGGUCAAGCCCACAGAAUGCUUUGCUACAGCUGAAUUCCAGGUAACUGGAGCAGCCACUUGCCUUGCAGUGUCCGGGAAAUACAUCUUUGUUGGCUUGUCUGUGGGUCUGGCUGCCUUCAAGGUGUCUGACUAUACAGAGGUCUGUGCUUGGGAUGCAGUCAGGACAGAGAUUUGUGCUAUCCAUGCUUUGGAUUUGGGAAAUGAGGUCCACAUCUUGUUUGCUGUGGAUGAAAUGGGGCUUGUCUAUCUCUUCUGCUUUCACAAGGAAAGCUUCCUACUCAUUAAAAUCCUAAAUGAAGUGGAGGAUAUCAGCAAGAGAAAUACUUGUGUGGAGGUGGUGCUGUCCCCACAAGGUGAUUAUGCAGGAGUCCUGCUGCAAGACAGCACAAAAGCUUGGCUGGAGAUCUACCGAUUGCCUAAGGAUUCCUGGCUGAAGGAGAUGGAGGAGAGCCCAGGAACUGCAUUAGGACUGACUGAUGGGGAGAGGAGGUCAAGCCAUGCAUCUGCGAAAAGUCUGGAGCUGCAUAAAGAUGAUUCUGCACAGAUGGGGUCUCCUGUGGCUGCAAAUAAAGUUGAUCUAAAGUUGAGUCUCCCAGUGCUGCUGCUGACAGUGAAGCCUCCCAAACCCGUGACAGGCAGUAGUUUUAAAACCCCUUUGGAUGCCUUGAAGAAAGUGGAUGAUGACAGUGUGCUUGGCUUGGGGUACAAUCACCUAAUCAAAGAUUCCCAGUGGAAGCAGCAGGAAGCAAUCUUCCGCAGGAUGUAUCGGGAGUAUCUGGAGGUUGAGGAUGAGAGCGAGAGCAGAGAGGAGAUGCCCAGACAUGCUACUUUUCACUUUCUCCUGCCUAGCCAGAUCCUACAGGUUCAGCCUGGAAUGAAAGUGCAGCCAGAUGUUCCAGCUGGCAUCAGUGUGCACUGGCAUGGAAGCCACAAUCUCUGCUUCUACUUACUUAACCAUUCACUUAAGGAUAAAGUUGACUCUGAUCCAAAUCCUGAUGUUGUGUGGCCAUGUGCAGCUCCAAUUGUGUGCUCAGCUGUCAGUUCCUGCUCCAGGUACCUGGCACUGGCAUGUGAAGAUGCAGCAAUAACUAUCUGGGAUAAGCAGCUAGGAUACCCCCUGUCUGUGACUACUAUUCCAGAGGGACGCCUCAUCCGUAGUAUCCACUUCCUACGGAGUUCUGCAGUUGCCAGUGAUGAGACAACGUGUCCUGGUACAGAUCCUGGCUGUCCCAUCGUGCAGCUUCUAGUGCUAUGUACAGACAGUGCUCUCUAUUUGGUGAAAGCACCCAGGGCUGAGAAGUCCAGCGUCAUGCUCCUGGCAAACAGGCCUGAAGAUCCAAAUCUUGCUGUCAGUGUGGUGGUGCCUGUGCUGGCAUUCCCCAGUGCAGUGCUGGUCUUCUCCUGGGAUGGCAAAGUGUCCCUGAUGAACACUGACACAUCACAGAUUGUUUACUCCUUCAUUAUUCCACCUUCUCAUUCUGUAGCAUCCCCCUGGCAGCCAGUGUUCACAGUGGAUAGUGUGAAUUGGUGCUUGCUGCUUCGAGGAGAUAAGCAGCAGCAGACAGAUGCAUUGGCCAGUUGCAGCACCAUCUUCCUUUUUGACUUCAACUCCUACCCACUGAAGGAGGCUUUCCCACAGGAACCAGAUUUGCUUCUCAAAUCCUCACAGACCCUGACAUGGUUUGAGAGAUGUAACAUUUUCUUGCGUGAUAGGCAGCAGAGCCUGCUGGGACUCAGGGAGCAGUUGCCUGAAUUCUGGAGCCGGCUGCAGACACAAGCAGCUGCCAUGGAUGAGGAGAGACAGAAAAAGAAGGGACAUAAGAAGCCGUAGUGAGCCUUUCAUCCUGAGGGCAAGGCUCUGCAGUAUCACAGUCCUGAAAACCCACAAUCCAGCACUGAUAGUUUGACAGCAACUCUAUUCAAAUCUAUCUUGCUGUUUUUCAGCCUAGGUCAAUUUGUCAUCCCCAAUAGCUGCUUGCCUGCCACUGCUCAGCCACAGAAAUCUGCACCCUGCCUCUUUCCUUCUUUCCUUACCUAACCCUCAGCCUAAGCCCCUUUUCAUCAGGCACAAACACACCUAUUGAUGGAAGAGUCUGGAAGUAGGAAAGACCUCUCAUUGCAGUGGCAGGCCCAACCCCUGUGUGGCUCAGCUAAGUAUUUGGUCUGGAUAUCCUCCCAGAGGCAUGGAGCAUCACAGAUACAUGGUGUGUUACAACGUCCCUCUUUAAUAAAAGUUUUUCUCCAGUGAAA